AUGUCGCCGGUGGAAGUGUGGAGCAAUAGUGAAGACGAAUCUCCCGAGCACGACAGCGGUAGCCACGAGCAGCAUCAGCUAGAGCUAGAGCAACAGCAGUUUCGCCAAUCGCGGCGUCUGCAGAUGGACACGAUGCAGGACAUCAUCUGCGACGACACGGAUAGAUAUGUGUGCGUGAAAAGUGAUGAAAAUAACGGUGGCGGAAACCACAACAACAACAACAGCAGUCACAUCAGCAACAACAACAGCGGCCUGACCUCUUCGUCGUCCGCCUGCAGCAGUAACAACGGCAACGGCGGCAGCAACAACGGUGGCCUACCGAUGGAUAAGGACGAGAAGCGGAUGCGUCGCGAGAUCGCGAACAGCAACGAGCGGCGCCGCAUGCAGAGCAUCAAUGCCGGCUUCCAGAGCCUCCGGCAGAUGCUGCCGCACCACGAGGGCGAAAAGCUGAGCAAGGCCGCCAUCCUGCAGCAGACGGCCGAGUACAUUUACUCGCUGGAACAGGAGAAGACCCGGCUGCUGUCGCAGAACUGUCACCUGAAGCGGUUACUCGACCAGCAAGAUCACAACGGUGGUACACCGGACACCGGAACGCCUCCGGUGUCGCAGACGCAGACCCAGAUUGUCGCUGGUGGUACGACGACGACGACACAAAUUCCCGUAGGAGGCGGCGUCGGGGUGGCCCCCCAGAGCGGUGGUGUGGUCACCGGUGGAACAACGACCCUGGUAGCGACGACGGUGGCGAAGAAGCGGAAAAUGGACAGCGUGCCAGUGUCGGACUCGUCGGACGAAGGGCUGGGCUCGAUGUCCCCGGAACCGGUGACGCUGCGCACGAACGGCGGACUCACCCCGGCACCGACUCCGACCACGACGAUCACGGCCACCAAUAACCCGACGGUCACCGGAACCAUCGGCAACAGUAACACCACCACCAGCAGCAAUGGCCGCCAGUGCACGACGGUCAACUUCUCCGCGAAGGACUUUCUGGAGCUGAAGCACCAGCUGGAGGUCGAGCGGCGGCAGAGAUCGAGCGUGGAGGACAAGCUGAAGUCGCUGGAGCGUCAACUCGCCUACCCGGUGGCGGCGACGGCCCGGCUUCACCAGUUCCAUCCGGACGGCCCGGAGUUGGUAGUGUCGUCGGACUGCAUCAGCGAGCAGCCAGUCCCGCCGGCCGCGGAAGAGGUGGCCAUUUCGAUCAUCCACAAGUCCAUAAUCGCCACGUCCGGUGGCAAAGUCGGUCGAGUUGGACCGACGACAGCGCCGGAACUGGUGGACGUCGGCAGUACGGGGGGUGCCGUCCAGGUGAUUGCCCUCGAAUCGAGUGGCGGUGUGCUGGGCGCAAAGAAACACCAGUUGUUGCUGGCCACGGACGAUCGGCUCGAGGAGGCGAUCGUCGUUCCGGGCGCCACGAAGCAGCUACUGAUCCCGCUGAAGGACGAACAGCAGCAGCAGCAGCAGCAGCAAGUGUACAUCAAGCGGGCCCGGUCGCGGUCACCGUCGGGCGAAACGACGACGACGACGACGGUGGUCGCGCGGCCACCGAAGAAGCAACGCUACGCGUCGCUCCUGGAGGCGGCGAUCAAGGCCGAACCGAAGGUGGAGGUCGAACGCAUCAGCUCCCCGUCGUCGAUCGUGGUCAACGAGGAGCACAUGAUGGUGACGACCACCGGCGCCCAUCUGGUCGGGGCCGGGCCGAAGCUGACGACGACCGUGCAGCAGCAGCAGCAGCCACCGCGGCUCAACACCUGUCGCCACAAUCUCGAAACGAUCGUCGAAGCGAUCCGCCAUCUCGAGGGCGACGCCUUCGAUGCCGUUGUCCCGACGCAGCAACAGCAGCAACAGCAGCACCAGCAUCCACCGGCGUUGCAACCCCUACAACCGCCCCAACCUCACUCGACGACGUCAUCGACCCCAGCGGCCGCGCAACAGUCGCAGACGAUAGGAGGCGGCCAUCGACCCAUGCAGGAAGUUCCGCUGGCACUAACCACGAGCAGCAAACAGCAGCAGCAGCAAGCAAUACAGUCAAAACACGAUCGUGAUCACCGCCAGAGUCAGCUAGAACCGUACCUGAAGUUCCGAACGGGUGGUGGGUUGCCCACCAUCCCCACCGUCGUCGCCACCGCCAACAGCAACCUCCCGAACGCCGGAAGUGGCAGCGGCGUCGUAACGGUAGCGCCACCGGCCGCAAGUUCGAUCAUUUCCGUAUCGCUCGCGUCGGCAGCCACGGCGGCGACGACGAUCGUGGCCAACGGUACGGCGGUCGCCAGCCCCGCUAACACCGUGCCGCUACCUGCCGCCACGCUCCACCACCCACACCUAGCGCCGGCGGCGACGGCAGCGCAAAUCCUCCAGCAGCAGCAACAGUGUCGACCGGGGGUGAUCGUCGUGAAGCAGAACACAUGA